GGGAAUGCCGAGAGAAAAGCACAAAACCCUAUUGAGAGCUCUCGGCCGCUUGCAGCGUAACCGUCACAUGGCCGAAGCGGCUUCGCGGCGCCUAUUUAAGGAGCUCCCGGCGCGCCUUCAGCACCACUUCGCUGUCCACCCUUCCGCGCGAGAGCACGCUCCCACGUCCUACGCCGCUGGCUGCAAAACUCACCCACGACUCAUCUGCACGGCCGCAACCAUGCCGAGGUCUUUUUUAGUGGAUUCGUUGAUUUUAAGAGAGGCCAACGACAAGGGGAGCGAGAACAGCUCGCCUCUCUUCCCUUACGCGGUGCACUCGCCCGGCCACCACCCGCACGGACUGCCGGGCUCCUGCCACUCCAGGAAGGCCGGGCUGCUGUGCUUCUGCCCGUUGUGCAUGGCCGCCUCGCAGCUACACCCUUCUCCGCCCGCGCUGCCGCUCCUCAAAGCCUCCUUCCCGGCUUUCGGUUCGCAGUACUGCCACACGGCCCUGUCCAGGCAGCACACAUCCAACAUCAACCUCGGCCACGGAGCCGCCAUGUACCAGGCCGCCUACACGGUCCCUGAUCCGCGACAGUACCACUGCAUUUCCAUCGAAAACAGCAACAGCAAACUUCAGAGCAGCAAACGCAUGCGCACGGCUUUCACCAGCACGCAACUUUUGGAGCUGGAGCGGGAGUUCACCUCCAAUAUGUACCUGUCCAGGUUGAGGCGCAUUGAGAUCGCCACCUACCUCAACCUGUCCGAGAAGCAGGUCAAGAUCUGGUUCCAGAACCGCAGGGUGAAGCACAAAAAAGAGGGCAAGAGCGGAUCCGGAGGACCGCGGACUGCCACCAACGGCUGCAAAUGCUCGUCGGCAGCCAGGUGCUCGGAGGAAGAAGAGGAAGACAUGCCGGUGUCGCCUUCAUCAUUCUCCGAAAAGGAUGAUGUGGACUUGUCCGUCUCCCCCUGAGCUCCUAUUUGGACGAUUAAAAGAAAAAAACACAUGAGCCAAAAAAAAAAAAAAAAAACCUGUAUACUUAUGUAUAUAAGAGAAUAUUUAACCAGGGAAUUGUCCUGAAUAAUUGUAUAAUUCAUGUUGUACGUUUUGUAUGUAGUUUUUUCUGAAAGCAGUCAAUUUGUUGUUGCUGAAUAUAGGCACAUUUGUAAACGGGAAAUGAAGGGAAAAUAACAUAACAUUAAUAGCCCAUAGCAUUUUCCCUUCAGUAUUUGAAUACUGGUUUGGGAUGUAUUGCAGGAUGGAAGAUGAGCUCGGUCUCAAAUGUAUUAUUCAAUGUCAUUUGAAAUUUAUUUAUUUAUUUAAAAAAUAAAAUGAUAUUUCUGAGC